AUGGCGAACGAAUCCGCAGGUGCGGCUCCGACGGAGUCGCAGAGAUACCUUUCUACAAGGGGCGGGGACUACGACCUCUCGUUCGAAACCGUUGUUCUGAAGGGACUCGCUGCCGACGGUGGUCUUUUCUUGCCUCAUGAAAUCCCAAUUGCAGCCGACUGGCAAAGUUGGAAAGACCUUUCCUACAAGGAACUUGCUUUCGAGAUAUUCAGCCUUUAUAUAUCGAGCUCCGAGAUCCCCUCCGAAGACCUAAAAGAGAUCAUUGAUCGAAGUUACUCGACCUUCCGUGAAGAAGAGGUUACACCGUUGGUACACCUACAGGACGACAACCUAUAUCUCCUCGAGCUAUUCCAUGGCCCAAGCUACUCCUUCAAGGACUGCGCUUUGCAGUUUCUAGGAAAUCUUUUCGAAUAUUUCCUCGUGAGGAAGAACCACGGAAAAGAAGGAAAAGACAGGCACCAUCUAACGGUCGUCGGCGCCACGAGCGGCGAUACUGGCUCCGCCGCUAUCUAUGGUCUUAGAGGCAAGAAGGAUGUCUCGGUGGUCAUUUUACACCCCAAGGGCCGCAUCAGCCCUAUCCAAGAGGCGCAGAUGACAACCUGUACAGACAGCAACGUUCACAACCUUGCUGUGACGGGAACCUUUGAUGAUUGUCAAGACAUUGUCAAGACCUUGUUUGGCGAUGCUGAUACAAACCAGACACUGAAGCUCGGUGCCGUCAAUUCAAUAAAUGCGAGUCGCGUCUUGGCACAAAUCGUCUUUUACUGGUAUUCGUACUUCUCGCUUGUUCGAAAAUCAUCGUCGUUCAAAUUGGGAGACAAAGUCAGAUUCGUCACUCCCACUGGAAAUUUCGGGAACAUCCUCGCGGGUUAUUAUGCAACCAAGAUGGGCCUGCCAGCAGACAAAUUAGUCGUCGCCACAAAUGAGAAUGAUAUUCUACAUCGGUUCUGGACAACUGGCCGAUAUGAGAAGAACGGCGUUCAAGAUGCAAAGUCUAAUGGCAAUGUGACAGCCGACGCUUGCAAGGAGACGUAUAGCCCGGCAAUGGAUAUACUUGUCUCUAGUAACUUUGAGAGGCUGAUGUGGUUCUUAGCAAAAGAAUAUGCGGCCACGCUUGGCAUGAAUGACCAAUUUAACAAAAAGCAAGCCGGUCAAGAAGUCUUGGCUUGGUACAAGUCGCUGAAAACAACCGGCGGCUUUGGACCCGUGCACAAGGAUAUCUUGGAGAACGGUCGACUGACGUUUGAGAGUGACCGAGUGAGCGAUGUCGAAACUCUAGAGACCAUCAAGUCUUGUUAUCAGAAAAAUAAAUACGUCCUUGACCCUCAUUCUGCAGUUGGUGUUACUGCUGCACAACGGUCGCUUGCUCGCACUGGCCCUCAGACACAUCAUAUCUCGCUUUCAACGGCCCACCCGGCGAAAUUCUCAGACGUCGUCCAGUCAGCCUUGAAGAACGAGGCCGGCUUCAACUUCGAAGAGCAAGUUCUUCCUGAUGAGUUCAAGGCCCUCUCGCAAAAGGAGACUCGUGUGGCUACAGUGGAAAAUUCGUGGGAGAAAGUCAGGGAGAUAGUCAAAAGCUACGUGGAAGAGGACUUGAAAGCUGAAAGCAGCGCUUGA